CAUCAUGGAUGUUGACAUCCCAUCCCAAAGUCCGAAUACCGAGCCUGUCCGUGACACCAAGCCGAAAGGAUCAGGUUUACCCGACAAUCAGAACCUAAUAUCCAGCCAUGGGACAGCUGACGAUUCCUCCAUGAAAACGGCAACCGCACCGGAGAACGAAAUCUCCAAGGAGAUCUCCGUGAAGGAUACUGGCGUCCAGCAGCCUCUUACACCGGUCCCAGUGACGACAGAGGCCAGGUCGGACUCGGUUGCUCUACUGCUGCAGCCGUCGAAUCCUAUGGUGGUCGACGUCUCUCCACCUUCGCCACCCAUGAAUACUCCGGAACCCCAUCCGCUCAACGUGACAGAUGCCCUCAGCUACCUUGAUGCUGUCAAGGUCCAGUUCCAGACCAGCCGGACGUCUAUAACCAAUUUCUGGAUAUUAUGAAGGAGUUUAAGAGCCAGCUGAUCGACACACCAGGUGUUAUACAGCGUGUAUCCCUUCUUUUCUUCGGCCACUCGCAGCUCAUCAUUGGAUUCAACACUUUUUUACCAGCGGGUUAUCGUAUCGAAUGCACCUUGGACGGUUCCACACACGAUCAAAUCACCGUCACCAACAAUGGAUGGAGGUGAUUCAGGCGAUGCAGGACUACCCUUCACAGGCGAUUCCUCA